UAACUGCAUUCUGAGAGGCUUAAAUGGAUUUAAAUGCUGUUUACCAAAUUUCAUAAGAAACUUAAUCCUCAUCACUUAUGCAGAUGGCUGCUUACACAUUGUUACUAUUUAAAUAUACUUUGCACGAUACACCUUUGACGUCUUCAAACUCGACGGCUCUAGAUCUUCGCGAAAGUUGAUAUGCCCAAAUUUCAUGGACUAUGGGGUAUGAAAAAACGUCAACACUAAAUAACUGGCUCUUGUGAGACUCCUCCGCCUCGUGGGUGACCACAGCAUGAUACGGUCUUUUGAAAAUUGGUUUUCCGCAACAAAGACCAAUGUUUUAUGAAAGAUGCACUGCGUGUAGCACAAAAUCGAAUAUCCCUUAAUGUUCGAAAAGAAGUAUUCUUUUGUUAAGGAGGUACAUUAAGUAUCGGUCUAAAUGGAUAUAUGAUCGUUAUACCUUAAUAUUGGAUGUGGUCGAUUUGCAGAGUAAACAAAAGAUUAUGGAUGCAUGGGACCCCUUUAAUACUGAUAUAAAUUGGUCCAAGUUUUGCAGUACUGCAUUAUUAUCUAAAUACGCUCCAAUCAAAAGGGAGGAAUCGACGUUUUAUUUUGUCCUAAAUAACAGAUUGAAAGUGGAUUGAAGGAGCUUUUGAUUUUAAAGACAUCGUAUUAGACUCUGAUUUAUGUUAAAGUGACUGGGUCUAAACUUUUUAAUCAAAGUAGUGUGCUAAAAUUUAUGUGAAAUUUGGAAGUAUUUAAUCGGAUUUGUUGUGUAAUACGGACCAAAUACAAAUUAUUUUGUUGCAAGCUUAUAAUAAGAUCAGCGUCGAUAGAUUUCUACAAAUCGCAAAAGGACGUUGUCCUGUUUCCUCUAGCGAUAUAUUCGUAUGUGGGAUGUUUAAAUAAUGAUGGGGAAAAUAUGGAAAUGCAAUUUAAGUUAUGAAUAUAUUUGUGUUUCUUUUGCGAUAAAACACUAGUGUCUUCAUGUCGGCAAGACGACCAAUGACGAGAGAAAAAACAAUUCUACCCCAAAUAGGCAGGGAUGAAAUGCUGUUUACACCCACCCUAGUGUCCGAGCUGACGGAAAUCUUCCCACUCAUUGGAUUAAACAGAAUUGAUAUCAGAUUUAGUCAAAAGAAAAUUGAGAGGUCUGGACAUCAGUUUACCAUUAUAAAGAAACGGGUGGAACCGAUCACGGACGAUAGAGCAAUGGACAGCAGCAGUGAUGGGUUCGAUCUCCCAGAGGAUGCCAUAGACAAAGUUGCCAAAGCCAAUUCAGUGAAGACGGAGUCUGCUCAAAUUCUUCCAGAGGUACGCGCCUCGCCCUGUGCUAUUCAUUUCAAAAAAGACAAAAGAAAUGAUUUACUUUUUCACAGUAAUUAUCACGCUGGACAGCAUUCGCCAAGUACGGUGAGGAAAACUAAACUGUUAAAAGACGGAAAGCUGGAGAAUCCCGAGCGCAGGCAGCCCCCGCCUUUAUUGAAUACCUUACCGAGGGGCAUGCCCUCCAAAGAGUUUGUCAUGACCUGGUUAAUGCAUGGGUCAGAACCUAGUGGCAAAAGUCACUUCCCAGACAUUGUUAUUCCCGACGGAAGACCUAAAAGAUCGAAAGGAAGAGAAUCCCUGCGGAAAUCCACUAUUAGCGAAUAACCAGACUCUUACGAGUGAUUUAAGAACCAUACAAAUCAUUCAGUUUCUAGUCAAUAUUUAGUUUGGAGGAUGAUGUGCUCUGAUUGAGUGAAGAGUCUGUUUAGUGCAUUUUUUUAAUUGGAAUUAUUGUGACCGUAAUGGACUAUUCUGUGAUAUUGUGCUAUUAGACCAACUAAUUACUAUACAUUGCACUACAUAUGCGCGUUUAUCAUUGAACAGGUGCGUGGAUCAUAAAUCUUUGUUUCGGUGUCAUGGCAUUGUUAUUAUUAUUACUUGCAUGAAAUGUAUUUAUUUUAACUAUUGGAUAUGAAUGAGUACUGUGAGUUUAUUAAAGUAGUACUAUUAAAGUUAAUAUGCAUAGUUUUCUGUCGUUAUAUAUAGGGCUUAUUGGUAUGCUCAGUUAUUC